AUACAGUACGUUUUAGUGCAUUGCAUCAAAAAACUCGAAAUGUUAAUCAGUAAAUAUUGUCUGCGUACAACGUGAAUAAAUUACUUCGUUAAUUUAUAAGCACUGUUUGGGUGACAGAAACCAAACGUAUUAAGGUGUUUGAUGACCUGGGAGAUACAAUAGUAUACUACACUGCGUAUACCACUGCGUGAAUACUGUGACAUCAAGCUAUAGAUUGUAUGGAGAUUUAGCUAUUGGACUCCAGACAAUAAGGCACACACAAUUAUUGUCAAAUUAUUGUUAACUGUGUGUACUGAAUUGAUGGAAGACAUAAAAUCAUACUCCGAAGUAAACACUACACAAUGGCUAGACAGAUGUUUCACCUGGAAUCUAAGUUCACAAAAUAUAAUGGAAGAACUGGAAAACGUCCAGCCACCAGCUUUAGCAAGAAAUUUAUCAGAUCUUCAAAAUUCGCUAAGCAUUCUCCGGCUUUCAAACAAAGUAUUAUCAUGCCAAGUUGAUGAUCAGGAGGAAGAAAGUGGUAAAGUUACCCUUGCAGCACUCGCUCGCAUUUAUAAUUUAGGCCAAGUGAUAAGAGUUAUCACGCUGGUUGUGAAGAUUAGUGACGAGUUGGCUGCUGCAAGAAACGAUGUUGUAACAGCAAAACAGAAGUUCUUCCAGAUGGAACUACAAAAUAUUUACUACAGUAUUAGUGAUAAUGUGAAGAACAUCAUUGAAGUUUGUGAACUUUUUCCGCACGAGAAUUUGAACCCGCACAUAAUGGAGGAAAACCUAAAUCACAUUCGAGCAUCGUUGCUCUGUAUUCUGGAACUGUGCGAGAAAUUUGCAAGAGCUGAUAAAAAAUCAUGGUUCAACAACAGAAUGUUUACCUGGUCUCGAUCAGUACUGCGGCGUGUUUACGAGGCUAAGACACAGCUUCCUUACGAAUUUGGUCAGAUUAACGAAAUGCAUUUGAUUGAAGAUGAAUGAUGGCGAUUGUGACGCUUAAUAGGGAUAUCACUAUUACGCAGUGUAUUGUGGUAAAACUUAAAAAUAUUAGGAGCUUUAUAUAACUAUCUGGUCUUUUAUGUUUUAUAAUAACAUGUAAUAAAAUAUUAUUAACUUUAAAUGUUACGAAUGGGUGAGAACAUAACGAUAUCAAGGCCUUAAUGGUGGUAAUUACACAAUAUACUUUUCGCUCUGGUUCCAUUAUUUAUUGCAAAUUGUUGCAUAAUUUUCAGGCAGGUAUAAUUGAUUUGCUGAAAUAAAAACUAAAGUUUAAACUCUCAAAUUAUUAUUACAGUAUUAUUAUUAUUAUUAUUAUUAUUAUUAUUAUUAUUAUUAUUAUUAUUAUUAUUAUUAUCAUUAUUAUUAUUAUUAUUAUUAUUAUUAUUAUCAGUGACCCUAUUUUGAAUGUCCCCCUUACCCAUUGACUAACCCCUGCAAAGUUAGGAUCAACGAAAUUGAACAUGUGCAAAAAAACUUGAUACAUUAGAUAUCAAUUAUUGGUGCUAUAUUUUCGAUUGAUAUUGUUUUUAUACAACAUUAUACAAAUAUUGAUUGGGUUGAGGGGCAUAGUUCAAAUAUGAUCUGAAGUCUGUAUUGUGUCCCGUGACGAAGUCUCGGGACAUAGUACAACCUCCAGAUCAUCAAGGGCAAUAUUUUGAACUAUGACCCGAUUAAAACAAAGUAAAUAUUUGUUUUAAAUAUACCAUUACGUAGAUUGUAGGCAUUAGAGAGCAUGGUUGGAACUAUUACCCGGCUUUUAACCAAACAAAUGCCUGGAUGCAAUGUUGUCGGUAUAAUUCAUAUUAUCGAAUAGCUCAUAAUAUAAAAUGCUUAGAGUUAGAUGCACAUAAACAAAAACCGUGGUUCUUUCUAGCAAUUUAAAAUAACAACACGUAACUAGCAGCAGCAGUAGAACGAUAUUAUCCUUGUGGUUUCGAAAAGUAUUGAUUUUGAAUAUUUUUUUUGUGUCACGACAAUACGGUACUUAUUUUAUAUUGAAUUAUGAUUGCUUUCCUGUUCUGAUAAUGAUAACGUACUAAUUCUUAUAAUGUCUAUAGAUGAUAAAAUAGAUUUGAAACAGUCUUAAAUAGAGUAGAUCGGUGAAAAGCAACUGUAGUGUACAUAAUUUGAUUUUAUCAUUUUACCGGUGUUUUAAAUGUAUUUUGAAUGUUGUAUAUUUAAAAUGUUUCUCUUUUAUAUCUUGAUAGUAAAUUGUUAUUUAUCAAAGCACCGUUAAAGUAUCACAUUUUAUAUAUUUAGUUAUAUUAUAAGGGUAUAUAUCGUAUUUUAAAUAAGUAUAUUUAAGUUUGAUAAUUUGAAAAGUUUUUUUCAGAUAUAUCUUUGGUGAUAUGUCACCUCCUAAUAGUUUUUGCAAAAGUAAAUAAUUUAAUAAACUAUGAUUGGCAUAUA